CAACACUACUAUAUAACAAAUAAUUUGAGCCCAGGUAACCAUGACGCUGUACACUGUAACCCUACUACUGACCCUCCCAACAGCGGUGCUCCCUUUCUCUCUGGAUAUCUACCACACAAAUGACAUACACGCUAGAUAUGACGAGAGAGGGCCCUCUGAGGGGGGCAAGUGUAGCCCUGAUAAAGGGUGUUACGGUGGAAUGCCAAGACAUGCUCACUACUUGAAAAAUAAGGUUGAUAAGACUGGGAAUAAUCUUAUUCUCAGUGGUGGCGACUGGUUUACAGGAACGACGUACUUUACGGUGUACAAGGGAAACUUAACAGCGCACUAUUUAGACGAGUUGAACUAUGAUGCCUGGGCUCUGGGCAACCACGAGUUCGAUCAGGGACCUGAGCUGUUGGCUGAGACUGUGAAUAAGAUUAAGAAAACAAAGACUGUUGUGGCGAAUAUGGUCGUCCGCGGCUCUUCAGGGCUCUUGGUUCAGAAGUCCACGAUCAAGGAGUUCACAAAUAAGGACGGUACUUCAUAUAAAGUUGGUAUUAUAGGAUACAUAACACCAGAAACCACCUUCCUAAGUAGUCCUGGGCCAGACAUCACAUUUAGUGAUGCAGUUGAGGCAGUUAAGGAAGAAGCUGCCAAAUUAAAGGAACAAGGCGUUGAUAUAAUUGUUGCAGUCGGCCACGCAGGGAUAGGCACAGAUCUAGAUAUUUGUGACAAAGUGGACAAUGUUGAUGUGGUAGUGGGAGGUCACUCCAAUACUUUCCUUUGGACUGGGGAUCUUCCAGAAGGGCCUGUUAUCGAUGAGACGAUAUACGGUCCCUAUCCCAUGUCAAGACGCGGAGACAAGUGUCUGGUCGUCCAAGCGUACGCGUACGGUAAAUUCCUAGGUCACCUGUCAGUAAACUUCAGCAGUGAUGGCGCGGUGGAGAGUUACUCAGGAAACCCUAUACUCAUGUGGGGUGAGGAUAUGGAGCAGGACGAGGACACUCUUAAAAACCUUGAAGAGUAUCUGGAGAAGGUAAAAGAUUUCGCUAACGUGAUUGUUGGCUCGUCAGAGAGUAUUAUUGAUGGAACAAGAGAUAACUGCAGAGCUAAAGAGUGUGAACUAGGAAAUGUGUUAUCAGAUGCUUAUCUGGAGAGCUUUAGAGCAAAUGAUAAAAACGUUGUUUGCUGUCUUUUAAAUUCAGGUAGCAUUAGAGCCAGCAUUCCUGAAGGAGACAUUACCUUCGAGGAUAUUCUCACAGUUCUACCUUUUGGAAACACUAUAGACAAGGUUUUAGGUUUAAACGGAACGAUACUGAAAGAGGUAUUGGAACAUAGCGUAUCCUCGUUUGAUGCUAGUGGGAUCAACGUGGAAGGUUCAGGGAGGUACCUACAAUUAUCAGGAAUUCAAGUGUACUAUAAUUUAUCAAGAGAUUUGGGCGACAGAGUCGACAAGAUUUUUGUUCAGAAUCCUGAUGGUAAAUACGAGGAGAUGGUGAAGGAUAAGGAGUACCAAUGUGUGGGACCUAAUUACUUGCUAAAUGGAGGAGACGGGUUCACACAACUGGGUCCCCUGGAUAGGGAAGAUGGUGCUCCUGAUGUAGACAUUUUCAAAUCAUUCCUAGCCAAAAACAACCCUCUGAGUAAUCACCCGGCUCUUCAAAACAUUCCUUCUAGAACCUUCUUUAAAACUUACAGCAGUGCCCGAUCGCUACAGUCUUCCUGCCUUCUCAUUGUAGUGUUAUUAGGACUUUUAUCAUAGGAUGUUAGAAUAUUUUAUAGCCAGUCUUAUUGUUAAUUGUAUUGGUAAUGGUUUACUUUGAUGUUAAUGACUCUUGAUUAAAUAGUUUUAUGUUAUAUUCUACGAAUCAAUUAUGUUUUGUUUCUGAGCUGUAAGAUCGCUCUAUAGUUCAAAUUUCUUAUUU